UAACCAUAGACAAACGAAGUUUAUUUCUCUAUGUCUAUAUCCAAUUUUUAAAUGAAAAUUUAAAUCUAUAUUUGAAAGACAUUUUGGAAUUAACAUAAUAUAGUGGAAGUUAUAUACACUCGCGAAAAUAUUUUGGAACUUCAAUAGAAUGGUGUUCAAAUGUCAAGAAGAUAGCUUUCUGAAAGAAUUUUCCACUAAAGUUAUAUCCUGCAUACCAGUUUCGAAAAAUAUUUCAAUUGAUGGCAAAAAAACAAAUUUCAAUGGCUUUGAAGUUGUUUUGGAAAAUACAAUUAUUUUCCCAGAAGGCGGAGGACAGCCUUCAGAUACAGGAUAUCUGAAUGAAAUAAAAGUCCACCAUGUUGCUAGAAAAGAGGAUAUUGCAAUCCAUUAUGUUGAUAAACCAUUCAAUAUUGGAGAAAAUGUUGAACAAAGAAUUGAUUGGGACAGGCGAGAAGAUCAUAUGCAACAACACUCGGGCCAACAUUUAAUUAGUGCUAUUUUUGAGAAAAAUUAUAAACUAACUACAGUUUCAUGGUGGUUAGGAGAAGAAGUGUCCUACAUUGAACUAGAUACACCUUCGGUAUCAGAUGAAUUGCUGAUUGAAGUAGAGAAUGAAGUAAACAAACUCAUUCAAGAAGCAAGAAAAGUUGAAGUCAUAGUAUAUAGUAAAGACACCCCUCCAGAGGUUUUAGAGAAUGCUAAAAGUACUAGAGGACUGCCAGAAGAUCAUGUGGGAGAUAUUCGAGUGAUUAGUAUUGAGAAUAUAGAUAAUAACAUGUGUUGUGGCACUCAUGUGAGCAAUUUGAGUCAAUUACAAGCGAUAAAAUUAUUGAAUUCAGAAAAAAGUAAACGUAAAAAUAAAACAUUUGUCAAUUUCUUAUGUGGUAGAAGAGUUUUGAAGAGGCUCGAAAAUUGUUUAAAGAGGGAACAAAAAUUAACACAAUCAUUAAAGAGCAAUCCAGCACAACACCCUGAACUCGUUGAAAAAUUACUCAAUAAUGUGAAGAAUUAUUCAAAAAAUUUAUCUACUGUACUGAAAGAUUUGGCAAUUUAUGAAGCCACAAAAUUGAAGAACACUGAACUUAUUCCAAAGUACUAUAGUCUUCAUCGUAAAGAAGCCGAACCAGAUUUCAUGAAUAUUUUCAUUCAAGAAUAUGGUGGAACUAGCGUACUCCUCUUUCUCUCUACUGGAGGAGAAAAAGGCAUUGGAAAUAUAAUCCUGUAUGGACCUAAGGAACAUGUGGAAGAACUGAGUCCCAGAAUUUGUACAAUCAUGGAUGGUAAAGGAGCUGUUAAAGGAAAUAAAUACCAAGCAAAAGUGAACAAAAUAGAAAAUCGAUCUAAAGCAGAACAAGUCAUAAGUGAAUAUUUUUCUUAAAAUAAAACAAGCAGUUGAAUGUAUUGUUGUCUGUAGUUUAUGAUAAUAACUAUAGUUGAGUUGAUUAA